AAAUACAGCAGCUAUGAAUAAACUUUACAAGCGAGUGUAUUAAUAAUGUAACGUAUAGAAGAGGGUGCCAAGUUAAGCCAAUGUCGGCUGACUCCCUGGGGUUGAAAACCCCCCUAGGAGAAAAACCAGGAGGGAAUAAAGUCCUAAGAGGAAAAAACCCUUGGGAGAUAUAUCAGUGACACUUGUAUUACAAAUAUAUCAAGGUUAUAUUUUUACAGAAUGUUCUUUACAUGAUACAGGGUGUUUAUAUGUAAAAAACAAAUCCCUAAAAUGACUUUAGCUUGGUUUUUACAUGCUGUGUUACAUUUGGUAGAAAAUCAUUACAUUAUUUCCAUAUAAAAUACAUUCAGAAUAGCACUUUAGUUUAGUUGAAAACAAUUAAUGAAAAUAAUUUGACUCAAACUGUAUUAAAAAUAGGAGUGAUACUUUAUAUCUUUUAAUGUCAUGUAUAAGCUGUUGCCUUCCAAUAAGCAUUACAUGUUUAUUUUAUUUGUAAAUAAAUUUUCUUAAGAAACGACUGUCAUUUUUACCCACAUGCUGUUCAAAACAUUAUAAGUAAUGUCAUAACAUCAUAAGUUCUAAACUGUUGCUUUAUAAACUCUGUAAUGGGAUUAUUGUAGUUUUAAUGGAGUUUGAAAACCCCUGGUCUAAAGUAGUUUAAUAAUAAAGUGGACUGAAUAUAUGUAGCACUUUGCAGUGUGUGGCACCACAUUAAAUCUUUAUCACUGAAACAUAAAUUGUACAAAUCUUUAACUAAUACAUUUUUAUUCUUUGACUGCAAGCAUUGUAGCAUUCAUCACAGCAGCAUCCCCACCCCAUCUCCCUUCAUUAUGGUGAGUAUAGUUUGUUUAUGUAUAUUGGCAAUGCACUCUUAGGUUUUAACCUUAAACAAGCGAGUCACUAAAUGUUAGAUGGUGCGAGCAGAUUUGAAAGGGGGACUUGUUAGGUGUGACCAUAUACAGUGUAAUUUCUCUGAACUAAUUGCAUCUUAUAGAGGAACUAGUUGUCAACAUUUUGACCAGUAGCACAAUCUGCACUGUAUCAAAUCAGCCAACAAAACUGCAGCAGAAAUACAUUGCAAGCUGCAUUGUGAGACUUGCAAUACUUUGUGAGAACAUUCCUGUCCAUUCAGUUUUAACAAAAUGUUUACUCCAAGCUAUGGAGACAUCAUGAAUUCAACUCUAGAAGUCACAGAUGAUCCUGAAUACCCAGCCUAUGACUAUGACACUGACACUGAAAGCUCUACCAGCAAGUCAGGACCACACUGCAGGGAAGCAGCAUGUGUAAUCACGGUUAUUUUAAAAGUGAUUGUUUUCCUGCUUGGUAUCGUUGGAAAUGGAGCGGUGAUCUGGAUUGCUGGUUUUAAGAUGAAGAAGUCAGUUAACACCACCUGGUACCUGAGCCUGGCCAUAUCUGAUUUCAUUUUCUGCAGUACCCUGCCUAUAACCAUUGUCCAUACAGUUACAGACAACUGGUCAUUUGGUCUCUUCAUGUGCAAGUUCACAUCCUUUGUAAUGUUCCUCAACGUGUACAGCAGCAUCUUCAUUCUCGUCAUUAUAAGUGUGGACCGCUGUUUGACCGUCAAGUUUCCUGUAUGGGCCCAAAAUCAUCGUUCUGUAUUCAAGGCUUCGGUUGUAGUUGCGGUGACUUGGCUCAUGUCGGUUUUGCUUAGUAUACCACCACUGAAAUUCAGAGAAACUGCUAUUCAGGAUACAAAACCGAUAUGUUACAACAAAUAUGGGGGACAUCACAAUCACCAAACUGUUGUACUCCUUCGAUUUACUUUGGGGUUUUUAAUCCCAUUGUUCAGUAUUUGUUUCUGCUACUCCAUCCUGAUUUGCAAACUUAGGGCAAACCAAUUAUCCAAAUCCAACAAGCCCUACAAGAUCAUGACACUUUUGAUUGUGACUUUUUUCCUCUGCUGGGUGCCAUUUCAUAUUGUUGCUAUGAUAGAGUUUGGUGCAUCUGAGGGUGACAAAGCCCAUCAUUUAGCCAUUUACUCAGCCCAAAGAAUAACGGCUACUCUUGCCAUCUCAAACAGCUGCCUAAACCCAUUCCUAUAUGCAUUUAUGGCCAAGGAUUUAAAGAAGAAAUGCUAUUCAUUCCUGUCAAAGAUUGAAAGUGCCAUCGAUGAGGAGACCCGAAGCGGUUUCAAAGGAACUUCUAUUACCAGUGCUGGGGAUAGACUGUCCACUGCUGUCUAAAAAUGUAAACGUUUAUGAGAAUAUGAGACAAAACAGAGCAGUUAUAAAUGGUAUGUAAGCCAAGAUUUUGU